CAACCUCCGAGGACAAACAAAAAUGAUAAAACACACGUCCCCAUUCGUAGUUUACAGUCCACUACAUCUUCAAAGUGCAUUAAGAGCGAAAUAAAACAUUUGACGUGCACUUUCUCCUUCAUUCAUACUCGAACGGAUGACGUCAUAGGCUGUUGGCGUAAAGUGGGAGGGUGUGUGUAUGAGGAAGACGAGUCGGAGGAAGAGGAAAGUAAGGGGGUUACUCGUGUCUUCUCCGUUCUCUUCCUCCCCACACGUCAAGAUCGUGACAGCGGGUGAAUCUUGCAAUCUUGCGUGGACGAUGAGCCGUGAGUGUAUGUCGCUACCCAGGGCCCCCGAGUGAGACCGAAGUAUCGGCCCAGACGACCGUCAGUUGGAGCAGUUAAGAAAGCCAUGGAGUUGCGAGUGGGAAACAAGUACCGCCUCGGGAGGAAGAUAGGGAGCGGUUCCUUUGGAGACAUUUACCUCGGUUCCAACCUCACCACGGGAGAGGAAGUGGCCAUCAAGCUGGAAUGCGUAAAGACCAAACAUCCGCAGCUUCACAUUGAGAGUAAAUUCUACAAGAUGAUGCAGGGAGGAGUGGGUAUCCCGUCCAUCAAGUGGUGUGGAGCUGAGGGCGAUUACAACGUGAUGGUCAUGGAGCUGCUGGGCCCCAGUUUGGAGGACCUGUUCAACUUCUGCUCCCGCAAGUUCAGCUUGAAAACCGUCCUGCUGCUGGCUGAUCAAAUGAUCAGCAGGAUCGAAUACAUCCACUUGAAGAACUUCAUCCACAGAGACGUGAAGCCCGACAACUUCCUGAUGGGGCUCGGCAAGAAGGGCAACCUCGUCUACAUCAUCGACUUUGGCCUGGCCAAGAAAUACCGUGACCCCCGAACGCACCAGCACAUUCCCUACCGAGAGAACAAAAACCUCACCGGCACCGCCCGCUACGCCUCCAUCAACACCCACGUGGGCAUUGAGCAAUCGAGGCGGGACGACCUGGAGUCGCUGGGCUAUGUCCUCAUGUACUUCAACUUGGGCUCGCUGCCUUGGCAGGGGCUUAAGGCCGCUACUAAGAGGCAGAAGUAUGAACGCAUCAGCGAGAAGAAAAUGUCCACUCCUAUCGAAGUGCUCUGCAAGGGCUACCCGUCUGUGUUUUCCACCUACUUGAACCUUUGCCGCUCCCUGUGCUUCGACGACAAGCCGGACUAUUCGUACCUGAGGCAGCUCUUCAGGAACCUUUUCCACAGACAGGGCUUCUCUUAUGACUACGUCUUUGACUGGAGCAUGCUCAAGUUUGGGGCCAGCAGGACGGCGGAAGAUGGAGACAAAGAACGUAAGGAGGAAAAAGAUGAAGAGGACCAUGCAGGAGAAGGCCAAAUCAGCGGAGGUCGAGCUUUGCCAUCCGGACCCAAACCUACGGCGGCCAACCGAGCCAAAAACGAACAAGACGUCAUCCAAUCCAAAGCGGUCACACGCGGCGUCCAGCAGUCGGGUAACCGCUCUCCUCAGGUGGGCCGGGCGGAACGGGUGGAGCGAGAGCGCAAAGUGGCCAUGAGGCUGCAUCGCGGUGCACCUGCCAACGUGUCCGCCGGUGACCUCUCCACACGCCUCGACCAAUCACGCAUCACUGCGUCGCAGGUCAGUGUGCCAUUUGAACAUUUGGCAAAGUGAAUUCUUCCCUGCUGGUCAGAAGCAGCAAGUGGUGGGAAUCAACUUCCCCUCGCUUUGAGUUGGAGGAGCAGGAAAGAGGAUGCGUUACUGGCGUCCAAACGGGAAGGUCAGCCUGCCAACUCUGGUGACCAGAAGGAGCGGAAGUAACGCUUCAAUGAUGGAAACCAGUCGGCCAGGAGAAAAAAAAAAAAAAAAACUUCAAUCAGACUUUUACUGUUUAUAGGGUGCAGUCUGAAUUGGGAAGUGACGUUAAAACCAAUUAUCACGUGUCAGACUCAGAGGCUCAACUCACAUGGUAUAUCCAGUUGCACAAACUUUCAGGUUUCUGUGGUUGAAUAAACUACAAUUGAAUGCUAAUGUUAAGGAGUUAAAUAAGCUGCAUAUUGAUGUCUUUCAUCUGAAGAUAGAACAACCGGCGUGACCGUCAAACAUGUCAUCGGUGUAUUUUGGCCUUUCUUCGAAAUAGUCGAAAAUGUUAUCAUUGUGUUUCAUCACACGGCUUUGCCUCUGAGUCCAAAAUAUAUAACAGGAGAAUGUGUUUUCUCUCUUAUGAGGUACUAAAAAUACGAAGGGGGGGGGGGAGCCUCAUUGAAUGAAUGUUAUUCUGAUUCCUUGUUCCAAUGUGUAAGUAAAACAAUCUUGCUGAUGUACAUGUCUGUUUUUUUUAAUGCAACUUGUACAAUGUGUACAGUAUGUUUUAUUUGGGCAGAAUGUAAAUGACAAUUGCCAAAAUGUACAAGAUGAAAAUGGCUAUCCCUAUAAUGUCAAACAAAAAUUAAAUUCAUUAUCAAGGCUGAUGUCUAGAUCUGGUGAUGUCAUGUGUGUUUCUUUAUUGUGCUUCAAAUUUGUUUCUCUGAUAAUUGUAUAUAAUUGUAGAAUCAAUAAAAGAAAUAUAUACAGGCUGA